UUCUAUAUUUAUUCUCGUGAUUGUAUAUAAAUGCUGGAGUACAUUUACUGUUUGGUUUUUAGCAAAAUUUUCUCGUGGGAGCUUCGCCUUUAUGGUGGCGAUGUCUAUAGCAUAUGAAUGCACAAAGAUAUGAAAAUUACAGUGUGUUUUAGAGACACUAAAAUCAUCGUUCCUUGCGAUAGGAAAUUACCUGUACGUGAACUUGUACAGCAAGCAAUUGUUCGAUACAGGAAAGUCACGCUUAAACAAGCAGAUGACUACGUGCGUGUGUAUUGCUUACGAACAUGCGACGAGGGAGCGAUUUUAGACGAGGAUGACACUGUUGGCGAAGUUCUGGACGAUAAAGAUAAGGUCAUAGCAAGUUUUGAAGAAAAUCCUAUCACCCGACUGGGACACAAUGGUGGUGAUGGUACCAGUGCAUCCUCAGUGGGUACAAGCAGUCCUGAUAUAUUCCAAGGCAACAAUCAAAAAUAUAUGGAUCCUAACCACUUCCAAAGUUAUUCAACAAGUGACCAACCUCCAAACAUUGUUGAAAGCUAUAAGUUCCAAUCAUCUUCACAGCCAAAUGAUAAUGAAUUUCUACAUUUGGAUGGCAGAUCAGAUUUCAAUGGCUACCAAAACAUUUAUGAAGAAUAUCGUGAUGAUAGUAAUCUAUCACAAUUCCAACGAGGGACAGCUAGAAAAUCUUUGAAAAGUGAUCACUUGGAUAAAUGGAUUGAUAUGCAAGAAUCAUAUGUUGAGUUCAAAAGACAUGAACCUGCUGGUGCUCCGCCAUCUCCUGUUGAUAAAUUUAGCAUUCCUAUCACAACUUCGACAAUUCAAAGACAAUCAUCAACUAUUUCAUUUGAAGGACAAGAUUCUGAAUUCUUAAAUGUUAUUCUCAAGCCAACUAUGGGAGAAAACCUUGGUGUUAGUGUUGAAGGAUGGAAAACUGCAGAUGCAUGUGAACUUGGUCUUAGUGUGUUUCAUAUUGAUCCUAAAGGAUGUGCUGCUCGUGAUGGUCGUAUACAGGUUGGUGAUCGUAUUGUGGCUAUUAACAAUCAAGAUCUCACUAAUAUCACCAAUGAAAGGGCCGAAGAAACUUUUCAUAAAGCUCUACAAUGUGACGCUAUCGAACUACAAAUUUCAAGAUCACAAAUUUCCCUUCGUGAUAAUUUCACUGAUCGAGUAAAUGGGAUCCAUGAUGAAAAGAACAUCGAUAAAGCUAUGGAUGACGACGUUCCGAUGAACGAAAAAUCGCUGCCUCUUCGACCUAGUCCGGCAUCAUCAACUGUUUUCAAAAAAUCUCUAGUUGCUCAAGAUAAAGUAGAUGUCUCAAUUCCCAGAGUUACAGAAAAAAUAUUUGCUAUUGAAUUACAAAAAGGUAGUGAUGGCUUAGGAUUUAGUGUCACAACACGUGAUAAUCCAGCGAUUGGCGCACGUCCCAUUUUUGUGAAGAACAUUUUGUCUCAUGGUUCUGCUGUGAGAGACGGUCAGCUGCAAGCUGGUGAUCAAAUAUUGCAGGUUGAUGGGAUAGAAAUGAGUGGAAGGUCUCAGCAAGAAGCGGUUAACAUUCUCCGACGUACGAAAGGGAAGGUGAAACUUCUCAUUAAAAGACAAGUCGUUGAUGCUUCUUCGGUUGGCUCCAACUCCAAACUAAUGAUUAAUGAUCUUGAGCGAGCCCCUUCUGACAGUCGUGGGAAUAAGAUCUUGACUUACCAAAUAGCCCUUCCUAGUUCUGACUCUGCUGGAUUAGGCAUUACUGUGAAGGGAAAAUCUAAUGUUUCUGAGCAAAAUGACAACUCCGAAGACCUCGGUAUAUUUGUGAAGACAGUUGUGCAUGGAGGUGCAGCUUAUAAGGAUGGACGACUGCGACCUGACGAUCAAUUAAUAAGUAUCAACGGUGUCAAACUUACUGGCAUGUCAAACUCUUCCGCAAUGAAAACACUUCGUUCAGCAAUGCUUGAGAAAAUGUGGGGCAAUGUUGAAGUCACGAUUAUACGCAGUGCAAAAGAAAUAAUGGAGAGUUUCAACGAUCUGCACAAGAUUGGAGAACAGAAUACAUCCAAAGAUCGAGCAAUUGAUAUUGGAGCGGCUAACGAUAAGUUUGGUAUUUCUCGUGGAACAGCGAACAGUAUUGAAGAAUUUGGAAAAAAAGAGAAAUUAAAUGAAGAUGAAAGAAAACCUGGUGUGGAAAGAUCCUUUGAAAGUCAAGAAACAGAAAAAAUCAAGGAAGAUAGUUUGCCAAAUAAUCUACGCCCCCAGACAUGGAAAAUAGACAAAUUGAACAUUUCAGCAGACAGCAAGACAGCUUAUUUUCAGCAGAGAACGUUGUCCGAUGACAAAACAAAACCAUCUCGCAAAACAAUGGAACAAAGUUACGAUUCGAGAAAAUAUUUGGAAAAUCCAGUUGUCAAUAAAGAGAUUGGUGAAGUAAAAACAAGCAAUUAUCGAGAAAUGAAUGAAAAUACCAUUACCAUUAGCAAAGAGAAAGAUAAAAUUGAGAAUGGCAUUUCCGAACUUAAGCCUAAUCGUGUAAAAGCGACGACGAAACUUGGAAAUGGCAUUCAUAGAAAUCGUUCAUACUAUAUUGCUAUGAAUCGUACAGGACAACGUGCUGAGAGGUCACCAAGAGCAAGAAAACCUAAAUCUCCAUUUUACCAACCUAGUGACGAGAAACUACUUGACAUACGCGUCAACACGCAAAGUACUCAGUCACGUGAUUCUUAUUCACGCAAUGUACAGUCACGUGACGAGCAAUCUCGUGCUGUUAAUGAUGAGAAACCGAAAAUAGUUAUUGCAUCGAUUACGGACACUACUAAAGUCUGGAGUGCUGGAUCCCGUCCAACAGCUUUAUCAAACCGUCCUACAAGUACCUUUGCUGAACCAACAUCUGCAUUAAGUACUUCGGCAACAAUACCAAGACCAUCAACUCAAUCACGUGCUGGCCUUUCACCGACUUCUGAACGUUAUCGCCCUCCGACAUCCAUUAAUAUACCUAAAGGGACCCCACCACCACCACCACCUCGAACUCAACGACCAUCCCCAUACACCAAGCAGCUUUCAAAUUAUUUAUUAAAAACUUCACAAACGAGGAGGAGGUCGGACAGUUCGUUCUCAGACUAUUCUGAUGUCAGUGACAUUUCAUCCACAAUUUCAACUCCAAAUGAUAAUUCUGCUGUGGAGGCGAAACUUCCACCAACUACCAAUUAUACAUCAAAAAUAACGAAUGAUGAAAAACCAAAGGCAUCUCCUCAACAUUCAAAUGAGUUGAAAAAUGUCGAUAACAUUGACUAUUUGACCGAUGUUGAUGAUGAUGAAGAAGGCUCAGGAGAUUGUUUUGUCCGAGAUGGAUUGGGCAGACAGUCGAUGUCAGAAAAGAGAUUCAAGUUGGCUCAAGCUGAUAUUACUCAAACUGAUUUUUAUAAGAACAGAGUCACUCGUUCCAAAAGCCUGGAAGGCACUUUAAAAGACCCCAAUGUUGAAUCACAAACCUUACCCAGAUCAACCGCUACUCCAAUUGAAAAAAGUUACAAAUAUCAAAGACGUAAAUCGAGUGACGAGUAUUCUGAAAGAUCAAUUAAAUCCACUCCUGCAAGUUCAAGUGACCGAAGAAAUGUUAAGAUAAGCGGUUUAGAUCAAUAUGUUCGUGGGCAAUGGAGGGCAAGUUCAGAUGGUGUAGUUAAGAAAUAUGGUCGUCAUGGAAACUAUAUGAAAUCAUCUCCUUUAAGUACAAUGUCAAAUGCCAGUGAAUCAGGAGGAGGAGCAGUUAGCACAAAUAGUUUCGACGAAGAUGGGAUACCAAUCACAAUGCAGAGUAAUGCUGACUAUAAUUCUGUUAAUGCUAAAUUAAAGAAGAAGUCCAGCGGUUUUACUCUGAAAAAUUUAGGAGCUGCUUUGAAACCAAAAGCUUUUAAAGGUAAAUACGACAUGCAAAGUCGUCAAUCACCGGACUCGCCAUGUGAGCCAGCGGUGGAUAUGGACGAACAACGUUAUCGUCAGUUAGUACUUGGAGAAGCUCGAGAUCGUAGUUUCUCUCAAACAAAUCAUACGAAGUACAAGAUUGCAGAGUCCCCUGACGUUGGACGCAGUAGGAAAAAGAGGCAAGAACAGCAAAAACGGUCAUCGCCGACUUCACUUCAAGACAUUUUAAAGAAAGGAAGCGGUGAAUAUUCCAUAACUGAAGCCGCACAAAUCUAGUGAAGUGAAAAAGAUGUAAUCACUUGUGAUGAACAAUACGUCAAGGUUAAACCACUGAUGGAUUAAAGUGAUCGUGGGCUCUUGUAGAUUUAAGUUUUAGGAUUAUAGAAAGUAUUAUGGUGCAGGAAAUAUUCUUAAUUGACUCGUGUGAAAUAUAUGCAUGACAAAAACGACGCCAGUCCAUUGAAUUUCUUUCUACUGAAUGAUUUCGACAGACAUAAAAAUGCUGCAAUUGCACUUUUUAAUCAAUGAAAAUCUAUUAUUUAUAAGGGUGAAAUUAAAUGGCAUCCAUCUAGAAACAUAUGAAUAGCUUUUCAAACAAUUUCAUUUCAUUAUUUUUUAUUUAUUGUUUUACAAUGCUGUAAGUGUUAUGUUGUGUUUCUUCGAGAACUCGUUCUCGUCGGCAAUGUAAACUUGUGUUCGUUUCUGCGCAAAAUUUAAUUUUUAUUGGCGUAAAUGAUCUUAUAAAAUGGUGGCCGUUAUUUAAGAUGUUCUUAUCAUUGGUUGUUAUCUUUGUUAUCCAUUGAAAGACCAUUCAACAUCAUGCAUACAGUUUAGUGAUAUCUUGUUAGAGUUUAUUCUGAAAAUUCUAUAUAUGAUUUAGAUAACGAUGAUUGGGCUAAGGUGACGUAGCAUUUUUUUUCGCUUUUUUGUGAAACCUAACUUUGAAAAAAUAUUUUAGAUUUUAAAUUUGCAAUAUUAGCUUAUCUCGUCUUUUUACAUGAGUGUAAAUAUCUCGUCUUAUGAAUCUAUUCAGUAAUGAGUGUAUUGCAAAGGUAAUGUUUGUGUAUUAAGGGGACGGUGAAUUUUGAAUUAUUUGACUUCCUUGUCGCCUUCUCUGCAUGCAAUGUCUAGUUUAUUAUUUUUUAGAUUUAUUUACCAUGUAAAUCUGUAAUAUAUGAUUGAUUCACAUGAAUACUGUUAUUCGCAAAAUUUGUACAUUAAACAAUGAUUUAAUUAA